AAGAUUAUGAUGCCCAUCCAGCGUCCACCACCACCUUCUGUGACCCCAUAAGCGAUAUCAACAUCUCACCUGAUGACGUUCAACAUGCUCUUCUCUCUCUCGAUGACAACAAAGCUACUGGUCCAGACAAAAUUCCGGCAAAGUUGCUUAGAUGUUGUGCUCCAUACAUUUCCUCAUCCCUUGCUGAUCUCUUCAAUAUAGAAGCUUAACUUCCUGGUAGUGUACCAGCGGAAUGGAAAGUUUCUAAUAUAAUACCCAUUCCUAAAGGUGGUCAAAAGAACGAAGUUUCAAAUUAUCGACCCAUAUCUUUACUUCCAAUUGUAUCAAAGGUGCUCGAGCGUUGCAUAUACGACCAAUUGAUCAACCAUGUCUCAAGUGAACUGCAUAACCUCCAAUAUGGAUUUCUCAGGGGGAAGUCUACAACAUCACAAUUACUAAAGGUUCUACACGAAUUUGGUGAGUCACUCGACAAGAGAAUCCAAACUGAUGUCCUUUAUCUCGAUUUCGCUAAAGCGUUUGACAGGGUCGAUCAUCAGCUGCUUCUCAAGAAACUUAGUAAUUUUGGAGUUUGCGGAAACUUGCUGAGCUGGUUUCAUAACUAUCUAUCAGAUCGCCAUCAAAAAGUUACCAUUUUAGGAAAAACAUCCCGAUCAAUACCCGUUCUAUCAGGUGUUCCUCAGGGUUCAAUCCUUGGCCCUUUAUUGUUUCUUGUAUACGUGAAUGAUCUGCCCGAAAAGUCCACCACAUCGUCUGUUGCUCUGUUCGCUGAUGAUACCAAGUGUUAUCAUGCCAUAAGAACAACAGAUGACGUAAAAGCUCUCCAAUGUGAUCUGGAUGGAAUCAGCCAAUGGUGUCGGACGUGGCGCAUGAACCUUAACGAAACUAAGUGUGGAGUUCUUAAGGUAACAAGGAAUCUCAAACCCGUGCAGUCAUCUUACCAUCUCAACAACGAUAACUCAGCCAACUCAACGGUCAUCUGUAAAAGGCUUGUUCAAAAAGAUCUUGGCGUUCUCAUUACUGCAGAUCUCAAAUGGAACCAACAAGUCUCUGCUGUAUGUGCGAAAGCAAACAGAAUGCUUGGGUUCGUAAAAAGGUCCUCCAUUAAGAUGCAUGAUCCUCGUACACGUACCGCACUUUAUAAAACGUUAGUACGAAGUCGUUUCGCGUACAGCUCCCAAGUCUGGUCCCCGCAGUCUGUGUCUUUAAUCCUCGAAGUCGAGAAGAUUCAAAGACGUGCAACGAGAUUCAUCCUAUCGCUGCCGUUUAGAUCUGAAACUAGUUACCAGGAGAGACUAUUGAAAACUGGUUUACUUCCUCUGUCUUACUGGCACGA